AUGGACACUCGUUUUAUUUUUGUUUUUUGUCUCCUAAUUGUCCUGGCCCAAGGAUCGCGUGUAGCGCCAGUGGCACAGGAAGCCGUCGCGGAAACGCAUUCUGCCGGAGGAGUUACGUCAGGAGCGGCAAUCAGUUUCCCGGAAAAUCGUCCAUCCACAGGAUCUCAGCCCCCAACUCCUGCUGCUCGUCCUGUGGGAGCCCCACGUCCUGCAGCAGCUUCUCGUCCUCGUAUUAUUUCUGCAGCUGCUCGUCGACAAGCUCGUCCUUCUGCGGCUGGACGUCCCGUUGGCCAGAAUCGCAAUCGUAAUCAGAAACCCUACUAA